AUGCUACACUCGAAGAAUUCAGGAUUGGGAGUUAUUGUUAGAGAUGCAGAGGGAGAAGUCCAAGCUUCAAUAUGUUGCAACAUAGAUGCUGAAUUACAACCUGCAGUUGUAGAAGCAAUGGCUUUGAGAAGAGCACUGAUGUUGUGUUAUGAUCUGGGGUUCUCAAGGGUUGUCUUUGAAGGAGACUGCCAGGAAGUUAAUGCAAUCAACUCUUCACAUGAAAGCUCGGCAAAAGCAAGUUCAUUGAUUCAUGACAUUAAAAGACUGUUGAAGUACAGAGUGGGAUGGAAAGUGUCAUUCAAUUACAGGGAGACAAACUUGGCUGCAUAUCAGUUGGCUAAAUUAGCUAUUUCUUUGUUAGAAGAGAGGAACAUUCACAUUUUGAUUCAUAAUGUGGUGUUGCAAGAAAAACUUUGUAUUUAG